UCCUCCUCCCGGUCCCUUCCUCCCCGCGGUCCCGCCUGCCUCUCCGCCUCUUCCUCCUCCCGGUCCCUCCCGCCCCUCGGUCCCGCCUACCUCUCCGCCUCUUCCUCCUCCCGGUCCCUUCCUCCUCUCGGUUCCGCCUGCCUCUCCGCCUCUUCCUCCUCCCGGUCCCUCCCGCCCCUCGGUCCCGCCUUCCUCUCCGCCUCUUCCUCCUCCCGGUCCCUCCCGCCCCGCGGUCCCUCCCCGCUCCCGCUCCGCGCCGGCCGGAAGUAGUUUCGGCUGCUCCGGCUAGAUCCAUCCGCCUGUGGUAGAUCCGCUCGGAAAGUAGUUCCUUGGCGACGGCGACAACGGCAAUCGCUGAGCCGGCAGCGCGCUGCGGAGGGAUCAGCGGCGGGGCAGCCGCCGUGUGUCGUUGCGCGGCGGAGCGGCGGCGGCCGCCGGCCCGGCCCCGGCAUGUUCAAGAACACCUUCCAGAGCGGCUUCCUCUCGGUGCUCUACAGCAUCGGCAGCAAACCGCUGCAGAUCUGGGACAAGAAGGUGCGCAAUGGCCACAUCAAGCGAAUCACAGACAAUGACAUUCAGUCGCUGGUGCUGGAGAUUGAAGGAACUAAUGUCAGUACCACAUACAUCACCUGCCCUGCUGACCCAAAGAAGACCCUGGGCAUCAAACUGCCUUUCCUAGUGAUGAUCAUCAAGAACUUGAAGAAAUACUUCACUUUUGAAGUGCAGGUCCUGGACGAUAAGAACGUGAGGCGGCGCUUCCGAGCAAGCAACUACCAGAGCACGACCAGGGUAAAGCCUUUCAUCUGUACCAUGCCCAUGAGGCUUGACGAUGGCUGGAACCAGAUCCAGUUCAACCUCUCCGACUUCACUCGCCGAGCCUACGGCACCAACUACAUCGAGACCCUGCGGGUACAGAUCCAUGCCAACUGCCGCAUCCGCCGCGUCUACUUCUCCGACCGCCUCUACUCCGAGGACGAGCUGCCAGCUGAGUUCAAGCUGUACCUGCCUGUCCAGAACAAGGCCAAGUAACACCACGGUGGGAAGAGAUGCAAGAAACCUUUUGGGGGCUGUAGGAAAACAAAAGCAAGCUUGGAAGAGAAGGCCCUGCUGAGACCCAAGUUGUAGCUAGCUUACCUGGCCUGCUAGCUGAGCUGCUGUGGCACUGAGGGCUUGCUCCAGGUGGGCACCUUGCCUCUGAAGAGAGGAUUCAGCAGCAAUGAAAGGGGUUAAGUGAAGGGUGCCCUCUCCCCCCCCUUGCAGGCACUGAUUUGAUCCUGCAUUUCCUUGUCUCCCAUCUCUUCACACACCUCUUAACUGCUGGUGUCAGCCUCACUCUUGGGAAGUUAUUAAACGUUUGAGACUCUCUGA